AGGGGCUGCAUACUUCACAAAUAUCUUUUAAAAGGCCACUCUGUCCCUUAAAGAACUGAGCUGAACUUGAAGCAGGAGGUGAAACAGGAAAGUUGGCUUUUCGUCCUCCUGCUCGGUGCUCAGUUGACGGGCUGCUGGGAAACGGGACCAGGGCACCGUCAUGGCUGCGAAACCCAAGCUUCACUACUUCAACGGGCGAGGCAGGAUGGAAACCAUCCGGUGGCUGCUGGCGGCUGCCGGGGUGGAGUUUGAAGAAAAAUUUAUCGAAAAGUUCGAAGACUUGGAAAGCAUGCAGAAAGAUGGAACUCUGCUAUUCCAACAAGUACCGAUGGUUGAAAUUGAUGGGAUGAAGCUGGUCCAGUCCAGAGCCAUUCUCAACUACAUCUCCACAAAAUACAACUUGUAUGGGAAGGACCUGAAGGAGAGAACCUUGAUCGAUAUGUACACGGAGGGGAUGGCUGACCUGAAUGAGCUAAUCAUGACGCACUCGAUAUCUCCAUCGGCGGAAAAAGAAGCAAAGCUUGCCGUUAUCAAGGACCGAACUACAAACCGGUACUUUCCUGCCUUUGAAAAGAUAUUGAAGAACCACGGGCAGGACUUCCUAGUGGGUAACACGUUCAGCCGGGCGGAUGUCCAGCUGCUUGAAGUCAUUCUAUAUGUAGAAGAGCUGUACCCCGGCGGUCUCUCCAAGUUCCCCCUGCUCCAGGGUUUUAAGGCAAGGAUCAGCAACAUCCCCACAAUUAAGAAAUUCCUGGAGCCUGGCAGCCAAAAGAAACCCCCAAUGACCGAAGAAGAUUUUGAGGCUGCCAAGAAAAUUUUCAAAAUUAAAUAAUGGUAGAAUUACACCGAGAGGCUCGACAUGGACGGAAACCCCCAGGAACAUCAGAGAAUUCAAAUAUUCAGAAAAGCAUCAGUGUAAAGGGUUUUCCUCGACCUAAGGGAACCCGUUAGAUAACUUCACCGACAAGUAAUAAAUCAUUUCGGAGAAUAAAUUGAAAUAAAAUUUGAAUGACGCUCUC